GUUUUUUGCGUCAAAUUUCGAAGUGCGCUGGCCAUUAUAAUUUGCAGUUUUCGAGAGGUGGUGACAGUUGAUAAAUCUAGCUUGUAAUGUCGGAUGAUCCGAAGCUGCAGGAAUUUACUCUUAAAGAGGAUCAUGAACUGAGGUUUGAGGUCGGGAACACGGAGGUAGUUCUGGAAUUAGUCCAGGGGAGAGCAGAAGUAUUUGGAACUGAGCUGGAGAUGCACAAGAAAUAUGCUUUUCCUCCAAAUACUCGCAUAGCUGUGUUCAGUUGGAAAGGAGCUUCUGUUGAAUUGAUUGGCCCAACAAAUAGUGCUUAUGUUGCUGAGCAUACUCCUAUGGUUAUCUACUUGAACACACACGCAGCACUUGAGCAACUUAGGCAGCAUUCUGAAGAGCAAGCUACAGUCGACGGUGUGGAGAAUCCGAAAGGACCACGAAUCAUGUUAGUGGGACCAAUGGACGUCGGGAAAACGACUGUGUGCCGCAUCCUUUGCAACUAUGCUGUUAGACAAGGUAGAUCACCUGUAUAUAUCGAUUUGGAUGUUGGACAGGGUAGUAUUUCUGUUCCCGGGACCAUUGGCGCGCUUUUCAUCAACAAAACAGCCGAUGUUGUUGAGGGAUUUGAUCGUUCAAAGCCACUAGUCUACAACUUUGGUCAUGUAUCGCCGGGUGACAAUCUUCCUCUGUAUGACCUUUUGGUAAAGGAGCUGGCAGACUCUGUCACUCUUCGAUGCGCCACUCAUCCAGAAGCUAAUCUAGGUGGUCUUGUUAUCAACACUUGUGGAUGGGUUACCGGCGAAGGUUACGGUUGUAUUGUGGCUGCUGCGGAAGCGUUCGAAGUGGACGUAGUAGUUGUUCUGGAUCACGAACGAUUAUAUAAUGAGUUACAGCGGGAUCUGCCGACAUUCGUCAAGAUUUUGCACCAGCCGAAGUCAGGUGGUGUGGAAACCCGAUCUCGUCAGUGUAGAACCUCAGCAAGAAGCGCUUCGAUACAUAGGUACUUCUAUGGCGUUCAUUCCAACCCAUACUUUCCCUUCACCUUCGAACUGAACUUCAGUGAUGUCAUAUUUUGCAAAAUUGGCACGGAAAAGUUGCCUGAGUCGUGCUUACCUUUUGGCUCUAAAAUUGAGGAUCAUCAAACCAAGGUUGUGACUAUCAACCCAUCUCCCGAUAUGGCUCAUAGAAUGUUUGCUGUUACUCCAUGUCCUACCGUAUCACAAGCUGUAUUGAAAGCUAGUGUUUUGGGUUUUGUUGUAAUCACCGAGAUCAACAUGGAGGAGAAGCGCUUGAGUGUGUUGUGUCCUCAAAGUUCCCUAAGUCACAAAGUUCUUGUAUGGACAGAUGUAACCUUCCUGGAUGACCAAGUGACACGUACAGCAGAGUGAACCGUUUAGUUCAAGCUCGGAUGUGAUGAUGUUUCUUUUGGUCUCAUAGUAUAACGGGUACAUGCGAUACUAGAUUACCUGAAAAAUGUACAAUACUUCUUGAAUCUUCUCAAAUAAAUGUCUCUUGAGCAACAGUUGGAUUUGCGCUCUGUCUGCUCGAUUGCCGUCCUAUCAUUACUCCCUUUUUAGGGUUUGCUUUGGUUUUGGACAUAAAAGGGGAAAUUUUUUAGAUUGUAUGGAAAUUGGUUUGUAACUAGUGUGCUAUGUUUGAUGUGUAAAAUGUUACUCAGUUGGUAAUAAAAAUUCGAGUCAAUAAAUUUUGUGU